GGAAGGCGUCGCGCAGGCGGUUCCGGGGCGGGCGGCGGCCAUUGCGCGGUGGCCAUUGCGCGGUGACCGCGGGGGCGCAGCGGCCAUGGGGAAGCACUUCGGGAACCUGGCGCGGGUGCGGCAUGUCAUCACCUACAGCCUGUCGCCCUUCGAGCAGCGCGCCUUCCCCAAUGUCCUGUCGCACGGGCUCCCCAACGUGGGCCGCCGCUUCACCUCCCAGGUGUUGAAGGUGGUGCCCCCCCUGGCCACUGGUUACCUCAUUUAUUCCUGGGGGACGCAGGAGUUCGAGCGGCUCAAGAGGAAGAACGCGGCUGGCCAUGAGCACGAGCAGUGACCACGAGCAGUGACCACGAGCAGUGACCACGUGGCUCCGGAACUCCUUGGGGACCUGCUGUGCUUGUUCCCAUGGCCGGAGGGGAUUAACAGGGAGAUAAGCCUUGGCUAAUAAACUGUAACUUUGCCCCAUGA